UUUCAAUGAAAAAACCAUUUUAGCUAGAAAAGUUGAAAUUGCAAAAAUUCCCCUCAUUAUCAUUCGAGGCAUUCUCCUCGGUGGAUUAUUUUUCAUAUUCUAUAUUAAUUACUUUUACCAAAAAACAAACUUUGAACUAUGGCUAAAUUUUUAAGUUUUUCAUUUUUAACAAUUUGUAUUUUACUUUUAGUGAAAGGCAAUUUAUCAACCCCUAUUAUACAAUCAAUACCAGGUGGAAUUAACAGAAUUGAUGUGUACCAAUCGGAUAUUUUGAAGUAUAUAGAUCUUGCUCGCAAAGAAUAUUCUCAAACUAUGGAAAAAACUUACGAACCUGUUAUAAUUGAAGUGAGAAAAGCUACUACUCAAGUCGUCAGAGGAAUAAUAUACAGAAUCGAUUUAACAUUUGCAGCCAGUGUAUGCAAAACAGGAAUUAAAAAUUGUCCCGCAUCAUUUGAGGGAAAAGUGGACAAAUGUACAUUCGAAGUCUGGUCACAGCCAUGGAUUGAUAAUGGUUCUCCCAAGUAUAAAUUAAUUUGUUAGAUACUAAUUUAUUUUAUUUACUUAUUUAGUUGUAAAAAGGUGAAAAAAAAAUAAAAUCUGUAAUCACAGACUUUACAUAUA